CAGCGGCUCGGCCCAUUUCGACUCCGCUCGGCCGCGCUCGGCUCGGCUCAGCCCGGUUCGGCUCCUCCCCGCCCCGUCCGUCCCGGUUCGGCCCGGCCCGGCCCGGCCAUGGGCUGGCCCGUGCUGCUGAGCGCGGCCGCGCUCCUGGCCGCCGCCGCCGCCGCCUGGGAGCCCUCGGCCGAAGAGGAGCGGCUCUUCAAGGCCUGGAUGCUGCAGAACAACCGGCGCUACGGCCCCGAGGAGUACCCGCGCAGGCUGCGCGUCUUCCUGGGCAACAAGCGGCGCAUCGAGGAGCACAACGCCGGCAACCACAGCUUCCAGAUGGGCCUGAACCAGUUCUCGGAUCUGACCUUCGCGGAGUUCAAAAAGCUCUACCUGUGGAGCGAGCCGCAGAACUGCUCAGCCACCAAGGGGAACUUCCUGCGCAGCUCUGGGCCGUAUCCCGACUCCAUCGAUUGGAGGAAGAAGGGGAAUUUCGUGACACCCGUGAAGAACCAGGGUCCCUGCGGGAGCUGCUGGACCUUUUCCACCACGGGCUGCUUGGAGUCUGCCAUUGCCAUUGCCACGGGAAAGCUGCUCUCUCUGGCAGAGCAGCAGUUGGUUGAUUGCGCCCAGGCCUUCAACAACCACGGCUGCAGUGGGGGCCUGCCGAGCCAAGCCUUCGAGUACAUCCUGUACAACAAAGGGCUCAUGGGGGAGGACAGCUACCCCUACCGGGCCAAGAACGGCACCUGCAGGUUCCAGCCGGAGAAGGCCAUUGCCUUUGUCAAGGACGUGAUCAACAUCACGCAGUAUGACGAGGAUGGCAUGGUGGAAGCUGUGGGGAAGCACAACCCAGUGAGCUUUGCCUUUGAGGUGACGAGUGACUUCAUGCACUACAGGAAAGGAGUGUAUUCCAACCCCCGCUGCGAGCACACCCCUGACAAGGUGAACCACGCCGUGCUGGCCGUGGGCUACGGAGAGGAGGAUGGCACGCCCUACUGGAUCGUCAAGAACUCCUGGGGCCGCCUGUGGGGCACGCAGGGGUACUUCCUCAUUGAACGAGGCAAGAACAUGUGUGGUCUGGCCGCUUGUGCCUCCUACCCCAUUCCCCGGGUGUAGCACAGCGCCGGGGGACGGGGCUGGAGCGGCUGAGGGGCUGGGUGCCGGCAGGGGGGAGGCGGGACGCGGUGCCCCGCCCGCCUGCCGGAGCUGUCACCUGCUGGAAGUGUCACCUGCCGGAGCUGUCACCUGCUGGAAGUGUCACCUGCCGGAGCUGUCACCUGCCGGAGCUGUCACCUGCUGGAAGUGUCACCUGCCGGAGCUGUCACCUGCGGCCGCUUGGCUCGCACACCGCUGCUGCGCCCGCCCGCUCCAGCCAAAGCCCGGCGUGCCCCCGUGCCCCUGCCACGUUCCCUGCUCCUGCCGCCGCGCCCAGGUGUGCCUCCAGCCGCCUGUCCCCACCUGUGGGCAGCAGCGGGACCGCCCGGGUGCCCGGACACCCCGCAGGCUCCGGUUGGAGCGCCCCCCGCCCCUCGGGUGGAUUUUUUUUUUUUUUUUUUUGCAAUCACCAGGUGUCAAUUUUAGCGAUUUUAAAAUUUUGUUUGAAGGUAAUCUCCCUGUUCUUUGAAGGAAGGAUGAGUGACUGCUGUGAUUUGUACACUUUUACCGAUUUUCAUGAAAUGCCUGCUAUAUUUUGUAUUAAAAACCAGGGUGUUUUAAUGCACGUAGAGAAGAAA